AGCGCCGCCUUCAACCGGUUUAGAUUUGUAAUCCGCCAUUUUUCACUUGCCGCAUCCGUUUCUCUUGAGAAACUUGGAUAAACAAUAUUUUACACUGUGUUGUGACUCUGAAAGUGCAAUUGCUUAGCGGCAUUUCGUAAACCACGAUGACGAGCAGUACUGCUAGUGCAUUUAAGUUCAUUGAUGGGCUUAAAGAUGUGGAGCAACUUGUUACUUUCGCAAAGCUCGCCGAACAAGCAGAAAGGUAUGAUGAUAUGGCUAGAGCAAUGCGGAAGGUGACUGAACUUGAAGGUAAAUUAACACAAGAAAAACGUAACCUACUGUCUGUUGCUUACAAAAAUGUUGUGGGUGCACGUCGCUCCUCAUGGCGUGUUAUCUGCAUGAUUGAACAGAAAGCAGAAAACGAGAAACGCAAAGCUAUUGCUCAAGAGUUCCGCGUGAAAGUCGAAUCGGAACUGGACUCAACCUGCAACGAAGUCCUUGGUCUCUUGGAGAAGCACCUUAUCACUGAUGAUUGCUCAGAUGAGGAGAAAGUAUUUUACCUCAAAAUGAGAGGAGACUACUGGCGGUAUAUUGCUGAGUACAAGUCUGAGCAAGGUCCAGAGCGUACAGCAGCCAUUACAAAUGCUGAAGAGGCUUAUUCUAAAGCUAUGGAGCAUGCCAAGAAAAACAUGCUUUCAACACAUCCCAACAGGCUGGGUCUUGCUCUUAACUACUCUGUUUUCUACUACGAGAUCCUCAAUUCGCCAGACAAGGCAUGUAACUUAGCUAAAGAGGCCUUUGAUGAGGCGAUCAGUGAUUUGGAGAAGAUACAAGAUAGUGAUUGUAAAGACAGUACGCUGAUAAUGCAACUCCUUCGUGACAAUCUUACCCUGUGGACAUCAGAUAACCAGGCUGAAAAUUGUGAUGAUUAAUCAGAUCUGAACUAGAUAACACAAAAAAAAAACUAAGAUGAACUUUAUAUCAGGCUUGUGAAAAGGCUACUGAGGGGACCGGAGCAUGCAGUUUAUCAAAAAUGUCAGUUUGUUUUUGCUGUGAUUCAGCUUAUAUUUGUAGGGCUAAUCUUUUUUUUUUUUAAUCGGUACAUUGCUGUUAAUUUGGAUUAUCUACAUUCUCUCACGAUGAUUGACAACCUUCAUUCUUUCUUAAUUCUGGAAUAUUGUUCAAUUGGACUAUUAAAAAACCAUUAUAGAAAAAUCAAUUAUAAAAUCUGUGUCUAGAUUAGAUAUAAUUAAGAUAAAUUAAAUGUUAUGUUAAAGUUACCUAAAAAUUAAGCUUAUUAUUUGUAUGCUCAUACUGCUUCCUUUUAAAGUCUAUGAUUAAUGUACUCUUGACAUUCAAUGUUUUAUGUUGUAGACUGUUUCUACACCAUAGUAUGAUUUUUCAGCCCUGAUAAGAAAAGCUGUGUUUUGUUUUGCAUGACAGUUUUUUUUUUUUACUAUUAUUAUAUUAAUAAUGUAUUAUCCUUGAUUUCUGUCAAGAAAUCUGAGUUUCUAAAUGAAAAUGUUUUUUUUUUUUUAAUGUAGUUUCUACAUCCAAGUAAAUCAAGUAGAUCAUGGCUUAUUUUCCUAUUUUAAUAUUUUUUUUCUCCAGAAUCAAAAUUUGAAAUUGACUUAAGGGGCACUGCUUUUUCACUGUGCACUAUUUGUUAAAUUGCCUUGUCAAAAGCUCUGUGCUGCUGUUUUGUCAUAACAUAUUGUAAUGACAUUUUCACUAGUGUAGUCAUUUCUCACAUUAGUUUUUAACAUGUCAACAUUCAUUUGCAUUCAUCAAUCUAUAUAAGAACCAUAGUUUAGUGAAAAGCUUAGCUGACUUAUUUAAUUGGUCAUUUACUUUUCAGGUUAAUCAUGUUGGUUUCAAUUUUGAUCAUGAGAUAAAAAUUUUUUUUUCCAAUCAAAUUAUAGCUUGUGUGAUAAUUUGCAUGGUCUUAUUGAGUCUCCCUCAUUUUGUACACUUGGUAUGAUUGGUGUGUGGUGGGUUUCAAUGUCCCAUUUUCAGCAUUCACCAUCAAAGAUUUACUCCUUAAGAAAAUUCAAGUCUUAUUAACCAGGGAGUUUUGUUUCCACUUUCAGGAUAGUGAAUCUCGGUGGGUGGUGCUGUCUAACUAGGAAAUGUUUUUUAUUGCAGAAACAACUGUUACAGAUGAUUGUCAUUAUUUCUAAUCUGUAUUUUUUUUUAUACUCGUAUUUAUAAUCAUUAGUAAUUUUAGCUCAUAAGAAAAUCUAAUUUUGUUACAUUUACUACCCUGUUUUUAUAGCUUUUAAAUACGUUUAUCAUGAAUAAUAAAAUAAAAUGUCAUCAUUCUGAUGUUUUGGUCACAUAUACUUUUGAUGUACAGUAUCUUUUAAAUUGAAACUUAUUUUCGCUAAAUGUAAUAAUGACCACAUUAUUUAACAGAAAGGAAAAAAUCCUACAGGUGGGGGAAAUGUAGUUAUACUAUAGUAGUAAAUGCAUUACUUCUUUACAAAAAAUUCUCAAUCAUUGUCAGUUUUCUACUUACAUAUUAUUGAUAUCAGCAUUUGUGACCUAUUUUGAAAACUGGUAUACUAAUAAAUUUAUUAAAAUUAAAUUCUGUACUAGGAACAGUUACCAUUUUUUUAACCAUACCUUUUCCAGGAUAAGAUUUUUUUCCAGUUAGCUGCAAUAUUAUUAAAGAAAUGAAAAUAUC